AUGGGUUCUAUUGAAGAUGCAGGCAACAUUCAUAUCCCACUGGUCGAUAUCUCACCGUAUUUUUCUGGAGACGCAGUCGGGAAGCAGAAAGUUGCGGACGAGAUUCGUGACGCCUUCGAGAAUCAAGGUUUUCUUCAAGUCAUAGGCCACACUGUCCCGUUGGAUAUUCAGGACCGCUACCUCGCAGCAAUCGCCGAGUUCUUCUCCCUUCCUCUCGCAGACAAGGAGUCAGUCUCUCAAUCAAAUUCGAAAUGCCAUCGAGGGUAUGAGCGCAUCGGAGGACAGAAAUUAGAUGAGUUAGACGAAAAUGCCACUCCUGACCAGAAAGAGGGGUUUUCGAUCAGGCGCGAGAGGCCUUUGGGAAGAUUCUUGGAAGGCCCAAAUCAAUGGCCUGCGACGAUGCCACAUCUAAAGGAUGUCUACAUGGAGUAUUUCGAUGCAGUUCAUCAGCUUUCGAAGACGAUGUUCAGGCUUAUUGCUCUUUCCUUGGGUCUUUCUGAAGAUCACUUUGAUUAUUUCGCUUCGGACCCUAAUAGUAUUUGUCUAUGUCGCGCGCAUCAUUAUCCACCAACCCCUAAAGACUCUGCGGGAAGAACUCGAGGGGUUGGGGCGCACUCCGACUUCGGUGCUCUCACCCUUCUACUCCAAGAUAAUGUCGGCGGACUAGAAGUGCUCCACAAACCCACCUCAACUUGGCAUGCUGUUACGCCAAUCCAAGGGGCUUAUGUUGUCAAUAUCGGAGACCUAAUGCAGAUAUGGACCAACAAUCGCUACAAGUCAACGAUGCACCGGGUCAUCAGCCCUUUGAGCGAGCAUGACAGAUAUUCGUCUGCGUUUUUCAACGAUGGUGCUCUGGAUACAAUUGUUGAGUGUAUUUCAACGUGCUUGGGUCCAGGGGAAAAACCAAUGUACGCGCCCAUUAGAGUCGAGGACCAUUGUAUCAAAAGAUACCAGCAAAGUUAUGGGGCUGGUGGGACUAAGAUUACUGUUUGA